UUAUCCUCUAUCUCGAAGCCCAAGGGUCCUACUGUACCCUAGUCAGCGGGGUCUCAGCGGGCGGGGUGCACACGGUGCGACCACGGCGAUCACACUACCUGGCUGCUCCCGCUUCCGCAAGCUUUCGGAGACUUGGGCAAGCACGCCUUCUGCUUACGAGAGUUCUGUUCGCCCACGGCAGACUCCCAACGUCCUGGCACCAUGCGACCGCACCCCGGCGGCAGCGACGCGCUGCCUGCGCCCAUCAAGCCUCGGUCCCGCAAGUCGAGCAUGGAUCACGCCGCUGCCCCGUCGAGCAACGGCCCCACUACGUUCUUUAUGCGGAGCGAGCAGGAGAUGGAGCAGUCGCUUGCUGCAUCGCAGAGUACGCAGUCGAUAAGGAGGCCGCGGGACAGCACCUAUGGCGUGCAGAGCCUGGCCGACACUCUGGAGGCUGCGUUUGGCGCGGAGAGCACCCUCGCCAGCAACAAGCCGGAACGACGCAGCAGUGCAGGCAGCCAUGGCCGCCACGCUGCGCGCUCUGCCUCGCACGGCUCUUCUGCAGACUCGGCCAAGUCGCCAGAGAGCCCCAUGGCCUCACCGCUGCGGACGCUGAAGAGGAAGCUCUCCAGUCGCACCGCCUCCAUGCCGCUCACGCCCGUCAACGACAUGCUGUCGCCACUGCCCACCUCAGCCACACCCAGCACUCCAACCUCAGUGUCGCUGCACUCACUGAAGCUCUCGGACGAAGGCUCGCUUCUCGAUGACACCGGAAGCCAGGUCAUUACAUCGAGCGGCGAGGAGGAUGAUGACGUCGACACCCAGCAGGGUGCGUCGAGCAGCUUUCCACAGCUGGUGAUGCCGAGCAUACAGAUGCCGACACGGCGCCCGUUCACUACCAAAGGGAAGAAUAUGGGCAAGCUGAAGGUCAUGGUUGCAGGCCAAGCUGGCAUCGGCAAGACUUCGCUCAUUCGAUCUAUCGUACAGAGCUGCGAAGACAUCGUUCAUGUAGAUGCCCUCUCGCCCUCGCAGUCGCUCUCGCAACCGUCUCCACGGAGACCGAAGCCUCGACGACGGCAGACAGGUCAAGGAGCGACACUGAGGCUGACGGAGCUACAUGCUAGCACCAAGCCCUAUCCACAUUGGUGGACCGAUGUUGAAGAAACUAGAGUACUGCGGAGAAGGAAGAGCAGCAGCGACACCGUUCUAGAAAGGAACAUUUGUUUCGUGGACACGCCGGGCUACCUCGAGGGCAAUUCAGAUGAGGAGGACAUGAACGUUGUGAUUGAAUACCUAGAGUCCCUGCUUCAGCAAACAGCCUCCGUAACCAGCAUGGAAGAUGGAGAGAUAAUUGGAGUUGUCAGUGGCAAUGGCGGUAUCCUGGUGGACGUCAUCCUCUACCUGCUGCCACCAAGCAAAGAGAUCACUAAGGACGUUGAGUUCAUGCAGCGGCUAUCCGCCUUGACCAAUGUCAUACCUGUCAUCGCAAAGUCAGAAACGCUGUCCGGCCAAGAAUUGAUAUCACUCAAGGCAUCCAUCCUGGCUCGUCUUCAGGCUACAUCUGUCAGACCGUUCUUAUUUGGCAAGCCAUUGGACGAUGCAUUACUUGCAGUCCAGGGUCUGGACAUCGUCUAUCCACUGGCAACCCCGACUACAGCCCUUCGUACGGUUGAGCCGAAGGAGCCCAACCAAUUCCCUUUCCCUACUCCGACGCAUCCAUAUGCGAUAUCAUCAAACCAUGGUACUGAUAACGACGUCAUGGAUGCAUCUUUACUCAUGUCUCCCGACUACGUUCAACCACUCGUACCCUCCGAACUCUCCAGUCUCAUCGAGCAAGUCUUCGACCCAGAGUCGAUCGCAUGGCUAAGGCAUGCAGCGGCAAAGAAGUUUCUUGCAUGGAGGAGGAGGACGCCCCUAUUAGGAGACUCGUUCAUCAGACACGGUCUGCCGCAGCCACGCAGCCCCGCCACAGCAUCGGUGGGAUUGGCUGGCACUAUGAUGAAUCCCUCCACAGCAUCCUCCGUCUUCUCCGCCGCCUCCCCCUCCGGCGUCCUCGUCCCCCGCACCACCUCGCCCUUCUACUCCAACCUGCAAUCCCCCCUCCUCUCCUCCAUCGCCGGCUCCCCCACCGACCCCACCGCCUUCUCCCUCACCCCCUACAUCAACACCAACCCGCAAGCAAGCGACAUCCGCGUCGCCAAAUGGGCCACCGACCUGCACAAGAGCCUGCGCAACGAACGCGACCGCUUCGAGGAACUCCAGCGCAACGAGCGCGCAAAAUGGCUGCUCGACCGCGUCGGCGAGGAGGUCAAGGCCGGGACCAUCACCGCCGCCGACGGCGCGCCCCGGGCCGAGUGGGCAGUCGUGCGCCACGCGAACGACCCGCCGCGCGGCCAGCGGUACCGCGGCGCCGGGCUCGACGCAAAGGAUCCGCUGGGUCUGUGCGGGUUCGGCGACGAGGUGAGGCGGCGCGGCGUCGUGCUGGUGCAGAUUCUGGGCGGGAUGAGUGUGCUGGGCGCCGUGGGGCUGGCGGUUGUGCGGGUGUGCGGGGUGGAGAUGCCCGAGGGCGGGGUGUGGGGGUGGUUGGUUGGCGGCGCUGGCGAGUGAUACCCGUGGACUGUGGUGUGUGUAGACGGUAGAUAGAUGAAGAUCUCACCUCAGUACAGUGCUCGUGGAUCAUGCGUGACUGGUUGAUGUGUGCUUGCAGAUGAAGAUAGCAGACGCUCAAGGGGCACAGCGUGACACCCAUCAUCCACAAUUGCGAGAGUAGAGCUACAGUUACACCGCAGAUACACCAGAUCAGGCGGAUCGGUAGCAACCAUCGGUACACGGUUCACAGAAGAGCAGUGUAUAUACUCUGUAUUGGUCUUGCCGUGCACUUCUAGCCAGCGGCAAUAUAGGUAAUUCAGUGACUGCAAUGUGCGAGAAAGACUGCUCGCGGCAAGACACAGCUUGAGAUGUUCCAUGUGCUCGCGAGCUACUAUAUCUCACACACACACGCCAGCAAACAAGUAAAUACCAGACUCAGUCGAUAGGAAAUUCUGCAUGUAGCACUUCGUCAUAUACUU